AUGGAUCCACUCUACCAGGCUGGCUCCAUCUUCAUGAAGGUGAAUACCCUACAAGGGAAGAACAUGGUGGAGAGUGGCCUCCAGUCUGGAGACUUUUCCCUCCCCCCGUCGUGGCGCCCCUGCCUCCCGCCGCCGGCCGACGUGGAGAUGCUGCAGCAGAAGGUGGCCGGGUUGCAGCGGGAGCUGGAGGACUUCAAGAAGGAGGCGUUGCAGGCCAUCCACUCCCUGGAGGACGCCUUCUGCGAGAUGAACGAGGCCCUGGCCCAGCAGGAGGAGCAGGCAGCCCGCGUGAAACAGCGGCUGAGGGAGGAGGAGGACCGGGGCAUCGUGCGCAACAAGGUCUUAACCUUCCUGCUGCCCCGCGAGAAGCAGCUCCGGGAGCACUGCCAGCAGCUGGAGGGCCUGCUUCUGGGCAGGGGCCGCGAGGCGCUGGGCAUCCCCAAGAAGUUCCAGGCAAACUGA